GUUUCAGCGCCGCCGCUCCGCGCCGCGCGAGUCCGCGACCAGUCAGUCAGUCUGCGACCAGUGAAAGUGCUCGUAACAGAAUAAUGCGCUACGCUCCCGCCACUCAGUUCCGCGCCUCUGUCCACGUCCCCGCGCUCGCCACAGCCUCCGUCCUCGUGUUCUGACUCCCCGCACCCGCAGCACCCUCUCUUCCCCAACGCCCCGCUCCACCCCCGAGAGGCACCCACGCCGUCCACCCCCGGAGUCAACGUCCAAAUGUCCAACGGCCGCCGGUGACGCUUUUUUCCCUUCUUUUUUCAGUGCGGUGAUUUUUUUCUGGUUUUCGUGUGUCACCUAGGGGUCCGGUCGUGCCGAGUUUUCCCCUGGUUUCCGGGUCGAUUCAGUGGUAUUUGUUUAUUGCUGUGCAUCAAAGUGACCUAAGGAUGUAUUAAGUGGGAACGAGUGGAUUACAUCGACAGUACGAUUGCAUCAGGGGACCGCAUCUGGGCGGGAGGCGGCCGACAAUGGUCACGCCAUUAUGGGGCUACCUCGCCAUCUCAGCUCUGGGCCUCAGCCUCGUCUGCUCGGCAUCAAAUAUGAUCCACCACCAUAUGGAUACACAUGAUCUCAGAAACGUUUUUCACGUGAACCUUCACGCAGACGUUCCGGAGUACGAGGUGGUCAAAGUGAGAUCGAUCCGGCGGCGGCGGGGGGCGGGGGUCCGGCCGGAGGAGGACAAGUCGAGGGUCAUGAAACUGCAGGCUUUCGGGCGCGACCUUGAGCUGACCUUGCGCAAAUCCGACGGCCUCUUCAAAGACAAGCUCCGCAUGUGGGCCGCCGAGCCCAACAGCACCGGCAGCAUCAACUACACCGAGCUUCCUCACGAGUAUGUGGGGGAAGCUUAUCAAGACGAGGAGUCUCAGGCUGCCAUAGUUCUACAUAGGGAUAAACAUGAUGGCACCUAUUUAAUGGAGGGGACGAUCGGGCACGACCUGAUUGUGAAGCCGGUGCCGGCGCAUCUGCGGAAGCACCAGGCGGGCGGCACCCGGGACGAGGGGCGCUCCGAGCCGGAGUUCCAGAACGGAAGCGAGGAUUCCGACGACAACGACGAGGUCUUCCUCACCAAGGAAAUCCGCCGCGGCGAGGAUGUCGCCGUCGAGUCCGGCUUCCCGCUCAAGUCCUCGCUGGACCUCGACGACUUCCAGCACAAGCACAUCGUCUACAGGCGACAGAGCAAUCACAGCAACCACUUCGGCGACUACGCAUUCAUGGAGCCGGAUGACCUGCCCAAUAGUAAAAGUAGAACGAAACGAUGGCUGAGGGAAAAGCGAGAAGCCCCUUACGUCAUUUAUCCAGAAAUUUUAGUCAUUGUCGAUUAUGAUGGCUAUAGAUUACACGGAGGUGAUAAUGCUCAGAUCAAAAGGUAUUUCGUGUCAUUUUGGAAUGGGGUUGAUCUCAGGUAUAAGCUUCUCAAAGGUCCAAAAAUACGAAUUAGCAUAGCUGGAAUUAUUAUUUCAAGGGGUCGGGAUGCGACGCCCUAUUUGGAGCGGAAUCGUGUCGGACGCGACGCCAUAGAUUCCGCCGCUGCGCUCACAGACAUGGGCAAAUAUUUGUUCAGAGAAAGAAGACUGCCUGUAUAUGAUAUUGCAGUAGCUAUAACUAAAUUAGAUAUGUGCAGAAGACAGUAUCCGAGCGAGGCCUGUAACCGAGGCACAGCAGGGUUCGCGUACGUAGGAGGUGCUUGCGUAGUCAAUAAGAGGUUAGAAAAAGUCAAUAGUGUUGCCAUCAUCGAAGAUACGGGUGGAUUCUCCGGUAUCAUCGUGGCUGCACACGAAGUUGGACACUUAUUAGGUGCAGUUCACGACGGUUCCCCGCCGCCCACGUAUCUGGGCGGUCCUGGAGCCGAAAAGUGCCGCUGGGAAGACGGCUUCAUCAUGAGCGACCUCCGGCAUACGGAGAAAGGCUUCAAAUGGUCGCCUUGCAGUGUCGCCUCUUUCCAUCAUUUUUUGAAUGGAGACACGGCGACAUGUUUAUACAAUUCACCACACGAGGACGAGUCGCUACCUCGAAUGUUACCAGGGAAACUAUUAACAUUAGACGCUCAGUGUAGAAAAGAUAGAGGCACCAGCGCCUGCUUUAAGGAUGACCGAGUGUGCGCGCAGCUGUUCUGCUUCGACGCGGGCUCGGGGUACUGCGUGGCGUACCGGCCGGCGGCGGAGGGCUCGCCGUGCGGGGACGGGCAGUACUGCACCAACGGGCGGUGCAUCGCCGAGCACGAGAACAUCAUCCCCGACUACUCCCACAACACGCCCACCUACCUCGGCCGCCUCGACGACGACACCGCCGCCACCCAAGUCCGCGAGGUCUACGCCAACCCGCCCAACGCCACCACCACCAGAUAUUCUUGGAACAACAUUUGGAGUCCACCGUCGACACAAAGUUAUUACAAUAAGAUAAACAGUUACAGUCAAUUGACGACCGUCAACCCGCUCAACCCUCAACCUUUCACCCCGACCCCCCGCCCUGUUUUUAACUACCAGGGCGCGGUCACGAAAAACCCCAGCUACGACACAAAAUAUUACGAUAAAUACUUCACGAAAAAAUACGCCACUCCUAGUCCGUACGACAUUUUAAACAAGAAAUUAUACCCGCUGAACAGCCCAGCCCAAUCUGUCGGAGACGGCGACACUGAGUGCGUGGAUCGGGCUGUGAUACCGGGAUCACUCUCUUGCUACGACUUCCUGGUGAAGAACGGCUUCCACUACUGCGCCUACGACUACAUCAAACAGAACUGCUGCGCCGCCGUCAAGUACGUAUGCAACCGGGCAUACACGCCCGGGCGGCGGCGGUAGCCUUCCAUCCUGAGGCGCAGGAUAGCCGAGCACGAGGCUUCAUCGAUGGCGAUUCUUGCGACACUCUUCUCCUUCCAUUUAACUCCGUUAAAAAUAUCGAUUCUAGGGGAGGCAGCUUCCCUCACUUAGGAUCGAUUGCUUUACACGCAUUUAAAUCGAGGGAAAACCAAUGCAAAGAGUUGCGCUUGAUAAUUAAAACCGCAUGGUUUUUAGUCGAGAGGCAAAAACCUCAUCUUGUAAUGUUACUUGUCUAUAGACAUUAUUCGACAACCUGUCGAUUAAAUGGGGCAGUAGACGAGGUGCGAACUAAAGCGCUUAGUUACAUGUGAUCACUUCAGAAUUAUACGUAGAAAAUGAUUCACAAAACAGUAAAUCACAAAAUCAGCUUCUACAAGCGACACAAGAGUGUACAUGCCUUAUGAUUAACACGAAUCAAAUUUUAAAAGUACAAAUUAUGUCAUCUGUGUAAAUUUUAGUUAAUUUUAUCCGCGGUGUCAUAAAUACAUGUUAAAACCAGUGGCUUCUGAGUUUCAAACUUCCCGUUGCGUGAACUGCAUUCUACGUAACAUUUUGAAGAGGAUUCGUAUGAAGUGCCCAGUAAUUAAAUUCAUACCUUGCCUGGUAGCCGAUUUCAACCGUCGAUCCUUUGUAAGGCUAAACCAAGAAAAUAUCAAGGCGAUUGAAGCGUUGGCACCCACUCAGUAAAUCGAUAUUCGUACGAUGUUGCAGCAACCAUGGCUGCAACAUCGUUGAAAUCAUGUUGCAGCAACAAUGGCUACAGCAUCCCAUCACUAUCGCGCCAAUGCCCGAAAACAAAAACUUCCAUUUGCCACAAUUUUGUUCAACUGCGUUUGCAAAAGCGCUAGUGCCACCAUUUCACUUGCCUUGAGAAUAAAUGGGUCGACUACUCUUGUCUGCGUCACAGUUCAAAUACAUCGAACAGGAUCCAACAUUAAGGCUAAAUUAAUGAACCAACCAGGUUCUGACUUAGUCAAUUUGGAUUCAGUUCGACAGUAAAUGUGAUGCCUGGAAGAAGAAGAUCAGUAUUGUUACAGCUCCAAGCCCUGGCAAACAGAUUGGAGGCUCCAGCAAGUAGAUGUGGAUUGGUUAUUGGAGGAAUUACAGAAAAAUUAAAAGCGAGCUACUGAUUAUGCGAAAUAAAUGAUGAAAAAAUCGGGCAUCGCCGAUGAUACCGAUAAGACCCCAAAAACUGGACAGUCGACUGAUUGUGAGAUGCAAUCUUCCUACGUUUGAAAUGAAUCGGAAUUUUUUUUUAGCUGAGUCCCGAUUCAUGGAUCUACUCAAGUUUAAAUUUGACAUCAGUCAUGGCCAGAAAAAAAAAAUUACUUCGAGCUGUAAUUUUAUUGUUCUAUUUGCUCGCAAUCAUUGUCCAUUUCCAUGGACUAAAAGAUUUUAUCGAACUUGAGACUCCACCUUUUCGACAGUUUUUACAUCAUUGAAAGUUAUGAGAGGGGAAAAGAUAAUGACACAAUCGGGAUUUUGGUGGAUGGAAGACUCAAAGACAAAAACCUGCCAAGAUACUGACGAGUGGAAACUGAGACCUGUAGCGGACAGGCUUCCGGUAUCUGACAUUGAUGCUGUUAAAGGUGGAGUCACAGGGUUUGAUGGAUAAAGCGAGAUUUGUCUUAAACGUGACGAACACAGCGUGCUUGUAAGAGCGAAAGUAAUAGGCUAUUUUUGAAAAUAAGCUUAAGAUGGGGAUGGAAACCAAAAUCUUAGGGAGUCUUGCGAUACAUUCGUGAAAAAAAAAAAAAAUUCCUGUAACACCUGUAGGUAUAAUGUGUCGAUUGAGAAAUUGAGAAAAUUGCUCAACAGCUUCUGGCAAUCCUGAACAGAUUUUUGUUACUUGGUUUUAUAAACAUCAAAUGUUUGCGUUAAUAUGUUGCCAAAAGCUGUUCAUGACAAACUGUUCAAGUAAUGAUAUGGAGUUGUGUCACCAAAGUAAGUGUCUAUAUACUGGCACCCUAGAAAAAAACUAGGUGCGUAUCUCGGUGCUUAUGAGCGGUGCCUCUCACAAUCAGUAGUAGAGGAAAAUUGCCUUCAUUCAAGGGAUAUGAGACAAAACGAGAAAAAUUGUUACCGUAUAGAUAAUAAUUGUACCUGAUCCUACAUACUUAAAAAAAAAUGAUGGUUUUGGAUAAACUACUUAAUUUUAUGAAAGACCAUUCUACAAUCAUUGCCAAUGUCAACUGCCGAUUAUUACACUCAUGUACAUUUUCAUAACUGAUCUAGACCAAUCGACUUGUCUGGUAUAAUCGAGUACUAUGCACAAAGUUCGGUUGAGAUUAAAUUCUUAUAGAUGACCGUACUUAUGGAAUAAAUAAUUGAACGAUGAAAUUACAUACAAAACAAGAAGAAGAAGAAGGAGAAGAGAAAAAAGCUUCAGAGGGACAGGAAGAAAACUAUUCCAUUGAAUCUUGGUUAUUCAGCAGUUCAUGGAAUGAACCAAGAAGCUGCAAGCAGCCAAAUUGUCAUUAAUUUUAUGUUACCAUUAUAAUCACUGAAACAACAUCACUUUAUAGUAAGCGUUGUUGUCUAUGAAUUAAUAUUUAAAAAAAUAUGUAUUUUUUAUUUUCAUUUCCAUUGUCGGGUCAAAUGUGACUUGGGAAUUAUUGUGCCCUGACAUGCAGGAUAAAACUACUUGUUUAUGAUAAAAACUAAGUAAGGUUCCAAAAUUUCUGAACAGGUGGAACGAUUCGAAAGCAUUAUCAUCGUUUUCAUGCUGACGAUCAUCACUAAAGAAAGAUUAAAAGUUUAAAAUAAAAUGUAUUCUUUCUCCCUAUUAAAAAUUCAUGUAGGUAAUGGGCCUCUUUCUUCAAUAGGGAUCUCCUCUUCAUCACAUAUAAGUCACAUCACACUUUCGUGAAUUUAUGCAACAAAACUAAAAGUAACAAAGAGAUAUUUAAGAAAAUUAAGUUUUCUCUCCUAAAAAACUUUUUAAUCAUGCGUUUCGUUUUGAAAGGUUUUGAUUUAGGUCUCUUUUAUAACCACUGAUUUUAAUUUCCUUUUAUCCUUCAGAUAAAAAUUUCUUUGUAUCAUUUCUUUACAGUUAAAAAAAAAAAUGGAUGAUAGGAAGAAAUAGUUACGACAGAACGAGAAAAAAAUUAGUUUGUCUGAAUCACUUUGUUCAAGGCUUACUUCAAAACAACAAGAAUUGUAUUCACAGGAUAGUUAAAGUAAAAAAAAACUGAUCCCUAAUGAGCAGUAUAGGUAAUACUAAAAAACAGUAAAAGAAAUGAAGUGGUCUUAAAAAGUCGGACAAUGUGCAGAACACAAGGGGUGAAAACACUGAUCAAAAUUAAAGCCAAAACUAAAAAAAAUCCGUUUGAAUGCAUAGAUUAAUGAAAGAAUCAGCGUCUGGGUUGACACUAUACCGAAUAUCGAUGACUGUGAAAAUACCUAGAUUUACAAGAAAAUAAAAGGUGCUUCAGAAAUUUCACGACUCAAUGGAGUUGUAUUAUAAAUGCGACAGGCUAACUUUAAGUUACUGUGAUAGAUUGUACAUUGAUGUAAUUAAUUUUUGUAAAAACAAGUGAGAAAAAAAUAGGUUAAUUUAAACAAAAAUAAGAAAUUAGUGAAAAAAAAUACUAAAAUACAAUAAAAAAAUUGAAAGCAAAAA